GUGAAUUCACCUUAUUUCAUACAACAUGAGCAGCUCAAGUUCUACCAAUAUCAACUACUCAGCAUACAAUGGAGAUGAAAAAUGCGAAUGUGGACGGAGGGCAGUGAUGAGACCGUCAUUGACUGUGAAAAAUCCAGGAAGAAGGUUCCUUGGGUGUAUCAACUACAAGAAACGAAAUGGAUGCAAUUUCUUUGAGUGGGUAGAUCCAGAAACCUGUCCUAGAGGAUUGGAAUAUGCCAAGAUAAUGCAAGCCAAAAAAGAACUUGAGAGACAAGUUGAAAAGUUGAAAAUGAUUAAUGAGGGGUUGGAAACAAGAAACCUAAUGGUGGAAGAAGAAAAUGAAGCCCUGUUCGUGAAAAUAGCAGACUUGACUGAGAUGAAUGUCAACCUAGCAGCUACUAAUGAAGCUCUACGUGCACAGAUUGGAACAAGGAAGACUAGACAGAUUGGAACACGUCUUUGGAACAUUAUAGUCCUGGUGGUAGUCACUGUGUUUGUAAUUGGUGUGCUUGUGUCAAGUGUGAAGCACAUCCCUAAGAAGAAAACUUUGUAUCUUCCUAAAAUAUGA